UAAUAAGUAAAAUUCGAUACAGUGGAAUCACAUUAAAUAAGCAUAUGAGGUGGCUAAUUUGUGUUAAAAUUUAACAACAAUUAACUCUUCAAAAAUUACCUUAAUAUUAUCAUGCAUACAAAGAUUUGAAAACAUUGUUAUUGCAAAAAUUUUUUUCAUAGAUGUCAACAUAUUUGCUAGAAAACAAUAAUAGCGACAAGGAUAUCAUCGAGGUCGAUAACUGUUGCUUAUUUAUCCAAGAGAAACUUUGAAGUCAACAAAUGAAA